CUUUAUCGUAAUCAUUUCACUUAAAAAUUCAUAGUUCAGAAACAUGAUACAAAAAAAGAAAAUUUCCUAGAUUAAAUUAAAUGUGGAGAGAAGAUUGAUUGCUGGUUUACAGGGAAAACCCCUUAUAGAAGACAGUGACAGAAACGAGCGUGAAUCAUGAGUGAUUAUUACUAUUUUGAUGUAAAACUAAAGCUCCGAUACCCCGAGGCUGUUCUUUUCACGCCCAUCAACUUUCGUGGCUGUGUUCUCAGUGCUCUGGAGAGCUUCUUUGGCGAUCUGGGUGGCAAGACCAGCAUGGAUAUUGUUAAAUUUAGCACUAAGCACCACCGAAUUAUUUUCCGUGUUCCUGAAGAGUUUUUCGAGCGGACACUUACCGCACUGUCGCUGAUAGGCCACUACCAGGAAGUACCUUGCCACUUUCAAGUGAUAGACACCUCUAAGACAGCCCUAGACUUUGACAAGGAUAAUGCUGAAGAAAUAUCUGGGAGUUGUUGAGAGUAAGCCAAUGAAAAUGCGUUCUGUCCUCCAGUUGCUGAACAAUCGCUUCAAACCUGACAUUGAAAAAAAAAUAGUUCACAUAAAAUAUUCAAAAUUAUCUUUGCUUUGUUUCAUUGUUAAAUUAAUAAAUUAGAUGUCGAUUUUGAAUUUCGAGCGUAUUAGAUGCUAUCUAUCGCUUGUAUCGCUAUCGUCUAUCGCUGUCUAACCAGCUGUUUGAAGGAACGUGAGAAGCAAAAAAAAAAAUUACAUAAAAUUACCCCGGCAUUUAACAAGAUUUAAAGCAAACUUUGAUGAAUUAGGAGUCACGCCCAGCGUAUUUGGGAACAUCAGAGCGUCAACCAAAGAAUGAGUGAUUCUCAAUACUUGGAUGUUAAGC